AAAACAACUGUCCUUCCGAAAAAAAAGAAAUUUUUACUUUAAUUAAUUUACAGACAUGGUACGAAGAAUGAAUGUAUGUUUGUUGGAGAUAUUUAAUUAUAUAUAAUAUUAAACCUUAUUUUUUAUUGUCAUAAUUCUUAUAUUCAAUCCUGGGGUGGUGGAAAUGUGUAGGAAGAAGCAACAUCUCCCGAAGAGUCAACCUUGGAGUCAUACAUUACACUGUCUGGAACAGUAUUCCUAGUACUACCUUCCUUCCUUCCUGCUUUCCUCCUUCUUCACUUUCAUGUUUUUUCAUUAUUCAAAUUUUAAUUAUAAUUAAAAAUAAAUAAAAAUCAUUGGUUUAGUUCUAUCUUUUUUCUUCCUCUUCUCUCUGCUUCAUCCUACAGUUAUAGAUAAGAUAACAGAAUUGUUGAAGUUAAGUGUGAGUGAGUGAGUGAGUGAGGUUGGUGUUUUUGUCUCCGAUGAUGGGUAACCCUAACCCUAACCCUAACCCGGAAGAGGAAAGGAGCCUCCAAGAGGAGCUCUCGGGUCCAAUCUUACUGGGAGACAGAGUGAUCAAACUGGCCCAUGAAGCCGAAUCAUCGAAGACGGAGUGCUCGGAGCUGGCGAAUAAGGUGCAUCUCCUCUGCGACAGCCUCCGCUCCGUCGUGCGGGUGGUCUCCGCCACGCAAUCACUGAACGAGCGCCCAAUCCGCCGCAUCGUGUGGGAAGUGUCGAAGAAUCUGGAGCGCACGCUGGCACACGUGCGCAAGUGCAAGAAGCACGGCGGUGUCCUCCGGCAAGUAUUCUCGAUAACCACAACGGCGGAUUUUCGAAAGGUUUGGAACCUUCUGGAAUCUUCUAACGGCGACAUGUCGUGGCUAUUAAGCAUCUUUGAUUCAAAGGGGACGAAUCUAUCACUCCCACCCAUAGCCAGCAACGACCCCAUACUUGCGUGGGUUUGGACUUACACCUACACACUCCAGCUAGGUCAGCUCAAGGACCGAGCCGAAGCCGCCACGAACCUUGGUUCCCUCGCCAGGGACAAUGACCGUAACAAGUUCAUUAUCAUGGAGGAAGGUGGGGUCUUGCCGCUUCUCAAGCUUCUUAAAGAGGCUGCUUCACCGGAUGCUCAGGUUGCCGCUGCUAAUGCUCUCGUUAACAUAGCCACUAACCAAAACCGGGUUGUCCGGUUCAUCGUGGAGUCCGUUGGUGUCCCCACCAUUGUUCAGGUUCUGGGUGAUUCACCCAUGAGGGUUCGUGUUUCCGUGGCCAAUUUGGUUUCCACCAUGGCCGAACAAGACACCGUUGCUCGUGAAGAGUUUGUGAGGGUCAAUGUGACUAGACCCCUUGUCUCUUUGCUGUCCAUGGAUACUGUCCUCGCUGACCCCAUGGCUGGUCGAGCCAGCAUUCAUUCACUUGUUCUGAAUUUGUCAUCGGCAGGGGAGGUUAAUUCCGAUGGCGGUAGCAGAGGGGGACACCAACACCAUAGAAGGGAAAGAGAAAGAGAUGUUGAGAGCCCUGAGUUAAGGAAUGAUAUCAAAGUGUGUUGUGCUAAGGCUCUGUGGAAACUCUCUGAAGGGUGUCUUUCAAGUUGCAGGAAGAUUACUGAGACUAAGGGUUUGCUUUGUCUGGCUAAGAUUAUUGAGUCCGAGAGUGGAGAAUUGCGGUUCAAUUGUCUUAUGGUUGUCAUGGAGAUUGCUUCCGUGGCUGAGUCCAAUGCUGAUCUUAGAAGAGCUGCUUUUAAGCCCACCGCUCCGGCGGCUAAGGCAGUUUUGGAUCAGCUUUUGAGGGUGGUUCGGGAAGAGAGCGAUCCGGCGUUGAAGAUCCCUGCCAUUAAGUCAAUUGGAGCCUUGGCCAGAAACUUCUCUGGAAAGGUUCCACAAGUUCUUGGUCCUUUAGUUGCCCAGCUUGGUAAUAGAGAUGUAGAUGUGGCAAGUGAAGCUGCUAUUGCCUUGGUAAAGUUUGUGUGCCUGGACAACUACAACUGUGUUGAUCAUUCUAAGGCAAUACUUGAGCUUGAUGGAAUUCCUAAACUAAUGAGUCUGCUGCAGAUAAAUGAUCGUCAACAAGUGCAUGGCCUAAAAUUACUUUGUUACCUUGCCUUGAAUGUGGGUAACAGUAAGGUUCUUGAGCAAGAACGUGCCUUGAGUACUCUAGAGAAGCUUGCUUGUCCUGUUCUAGCUCAACACCCUGAUUUGAAGGAACUGUACGCAAAAGCCAUACAUCACCUCACUCUUUAUCAGCCGGGAGCUCAAUUGCACAAACAGCCCUUUGGGCUAUAAGCACCACUGAUUUCGCUAGUCAAAAUAAUGAUCCUUGUUUCCCUUCCAGAUAUUUAAAUUCCUGCAGAGAUGACAUGAAAAAGCUAAGCCAUGCAUUCUCCAGAUAUAACUGCCUCUGUUAUCACAUUUGGCAGGGAAAAAAAAAAAAAAGACUACAUUUAAACUUAGUUCUCCUGUUAUUAAGUGAAGGGAUGAGGGGUAUGAAUAUUUUGCAUUGGUUGGGGGAAGCAUAACAUGAGCUUGUAUAAAACUACUGAUGAUGUAGGUUUGCCUUAUCCCUCUUGGGAUGUUCUUCGAGAAGCAAUCCAAUGUCUGGAAAGUAAGGAUAGUGGCGAUCAAUAGAAGAUUUCAAGACACGAGCUUACUAUAAAUUUUGAUCCAAAAUAUAUCCUGGUAACCAUGUCUGUAGAGUUCCUUGUUAUUAUUAACUGUAUAUAAACCUACAUGUAAUGCAAUGAUUGAAGUUUGUACAAAGUUGUCAUGGAUUAAAAAGUGGCGAUCCAAUGUUUGAGAAAUAAAGAGAGUGGAUGUCAGUGUGGAGUUCAAGACAUGAGCUUGCUAGCAAUAUUGAUUCAGAAAUUAUCCUGGUAACUGAAUCUAAAGAAUUGCGAGGUGUUGUGAACUGUAUAAAUCUACAUACAAUGGAACAACUGAAGCUUGUAUACAGUUUUCAUGGAGUAAAAAGUGUCUCCAAAGCUUGCAGCUGGCAUUCUGGAUAGACAAGGUGAACAUUUGGAAAAAUAUGUCGUUUAAAGCAAUGAACAUGAAGUUUUACUGUGUAUUUAUUCACUUGGGGUACAUGUUUGCUAAAUUGUUUAUGUUGAAAAAAGAAUUCAGUAAAUUGUGUGUGGCCAAGUUGAAAUCAGGGAAUGGAAAUGGAUGCGUAGUUGGAUCUUAGUCUUCAACAUGGCAGCAUGCAUUUCUGUUUUCUGUUGUAAGUUGCGGUAUUUCAAUCCCUAUCCCGGAGUUACUCUUGAGAGGAGUUGUUUGCAUUUGGUAACCCCUGAUGAAUUUCAUGAAGCUGAGAUGAUACACACCUCUUGGAAUUAGUGUGAUAACUUCAUUAGACCUAAUCUGUUAAUUUUUAUUUAAUGUCACCCUCGGAAUCGGAUUUAUUGUUGGUUGAAACAUAGUUAUCAGAUUAAAGAAGACUGGUUAGUUGAUGACAGCAGGUAGACCACCCUGAAAUCCCAUUUGCUGCAAAAUGUUUAAGUAUCAGUUUGUUGUACAGGCCGUGUCUUUGGUUUUCAGGAAACAGUAUGCCAUGACGUUCUUGAGUUUUACAAAUUGCAAUAUAAGUCAUAUUUUCCUGUAGUAAGCGCAAGUAUGUGGUUGCAAAUUUUUAGUUGCUCGAUUACGUAUCUAAAACUAUCAAGUAACAAUAAAUGUACAUACAGUACACUUGGUCCAAUGGUCUUCCACAAGGAUAGAUUACCAAGGUUCAAUCCCAUUUCCCUCAAACUUUCUGUUGGAAAAUCGAGCUGCUU